AUGGUAGACAAGAAGUCAGCCACUAUCGACGACCCGAUCAUUCAGGCGUCCGAUUCCGAUUACGACUACGGUUCGACACAGAAGCGCGCAUACUUCACCGGCGACACAUUUGUUUCUGGAGGAGCUACAGAGCUGUACAAGCCUAUCCCGGAAUAUGAAGGCAUCCAUCGAUAUGACCCAACUGCCGAAUGGACAGAGAAGGAGGAAAAGAAACUAGUCAGACGGCUAGACAAGAGAAUCUGCUCUUGGGUUUGCCUCAUGUUCUUUGCGCUACAGCUCGACCGUGGCAACAUCUCACAAGCUCUGAGUGAUGGCAUGCUCGACGAUCUUGGACUCAACACCAAUGACUACAACUAUGGCAUGAUGAUAUUUUACCUCUGCUUCUUGUCUGCAGAAGUGCCAUCACAAAUGAUCUCCAAGAAGCUCGGCCCUGAUGUAUGGAUCCCGAUUCAGAUGGUAACGUGGAGUAUCAUCGGCAUCUGCCAAGGGUUCGCUCAAGGCAAGCAAAGCUUUUAUGCAACUCGCGCUCUGCUGGGUCUUAUCGAGGGAGGGUUCAUCCCAGAUGCUCUGCUCUACCUCUCGUACUUCUAUACUAACAAAGAGCUUCCGAUGCGCGUCGGCUUCUUCUACUGCGCUUCCAACGGUACUUUUAUCGUCGCUGCAUUCCUCGCCUAUGGAAUCCUUCAUAUGCGCUCGGUCGGAGGCUGGGAAGGGUGGCGCUGGCUGUUCGUUCUCGAGGGUACCUUGACAUUCCUCAUCGGCGUGGUGUCUUGGUUCUACCUACCUCCUGGCCCGACACAAACAGCUAGUUGGUUCCGUGGUAAAGACGGUUGGUUCACGGAAAGAGAAGAAGUCAUCAUGGUCAACCGUGUCUUGCGUGAUGAUCCAGGCAAGGUAAGUGAACUCUUUGCUUUCACCCAGUACAACGACACUGACACGGCGGUACAGGGAGGCAUGCAUAACCGUCAAGGCCUUACCCUCAAGCUUCUCUGGGAUGCGCUCAUGGACUAUGACCUCUGGCCACUAUACAUGAUCAGUUGGACCAUGCUGAUUCCCACAAACCCCGUCACUGCUUAUUUUACCCUCAACCUUAAGGCUUUGGGAUUCGGCACAUUUGAGACGAAUCUGUUGACCAUUCCUGGAUAUGUUCUUUUCCUGGCCCAUUUGAUCCUUAUCUCUUGGUACUCAGAGAAGAUCAACAACCGAAUGGCCAUUUUGCUGUACUAUUCCUUCUGGUGUUUUGUGUUGCUCUUGACUCUCGAGCUGCUUCCUGCAAAGGCUAGUCCUUGGGCAUGGUAUUCAGCGACAAUCUUGAUGAUUGGCUUCCCCUACAUUCACUCGAUCAACGUCAGCUUGACAUCGCGAAACGCUGGUUCUGUUCGCACUAGAACAGUGGGCAGUGCCAUGUACAACAUGAUAUGCCAGGCCAGCUCUGUAAUCUCAUCCCAGAUCUAUCGUGACGAUGACAAGCCUUUGUAUCGACGGGGAAACAAAGUUCUUCUUGCUCUCGUUGGUUGGAACGUGGUGAUGACUGUUUUCAUCAAGGCAUAUUACAUAUGGCGAAACAAGACGCGAGAACGCAUUUGGAGUGCCAUGUCGGAUGAAGAGAAGGAUGAGUAUCUAGAAACAACCAAAGAUGAAGGCAACAAGAGGCUGGACUUCAGGUUUGCCCAUUAA